AAUUUAAUAGCCUUUUUUUUUUCUUCUAUUUCUCUCUCAAGGCCUCGUUUCAACUCACUUACACAUAUGUGUGUAUAUAUACCUUACAAUCCCAUUCACCUCCCAUGUAUCACUUCCUUAAGAGCCUUUGUUAAAAAAAAUAAGAAUGUCAGGUGUUUGGGUUUUCAAGAACGGUGUGGUUCGUCUGGUAGAGAAUCCUGGGGCGGAGCCAUUGGAUGGUAACCGUCAAGGUUCGAGUAGUGCACGUCGCAAGGUGCUCGUACAUGUUCCUUCCAACGAAGUGAUCACUUGCUAUGAAGAUCUUGAGUCUAAGCUAUUGUCUCUUGGGUGGGAGAGGUACUAUGAUGACCCUGAUCUUCUUCAAUUUCACAAACGGUCCACGGUCCAUCUGAUCUCUCUCCCUAGAGAUUUCAACAAGUUCAAGUCCAUUCACAUGUACGAUAUCGUUGUCAAAAAUCGAAACAUGUUUGAAGUUAGGGAUAUGUAAAAAUGUAGUGUGUGCUUGUAAUAGCGCACUCUACUUUGUCUUAAAAUUCAUCUAUCUUUACUUGUUUGGUUUUUUUUAUGUUAUGCAUUUGUUUUUAAGAUUAUAGUAUUGUGAUACAUGGGUUUUAGUUUUCAAAAUAGAUCAAUAUAUAUAAUUGUUGUCGCUA